AUGGAAAUGCAAGACCUAGCGAGUCCCCAUGCCUUGGUUGGAGGCAGUGAUACACCUGGGGGCUCCAAGCUGGAUAAAUCUAAUCUCAACAGUACUUCAGUCACAACAAAUGGUACAGGAGUCAAAACAGAGCCCUUGAACAGCAACGAAACCUCUACCACGACUGGAGAUGGAGCGCUUGACACUUUUACUGGGUCAGUAAUAACAAGCAGCGGCUACAGUCCCAGAUCAGCGCAUCAGUAUUCCCCACAACUGUAUCCUUCGAAUAAUGCUAUUUUUCUGAUAUUUAGGCCCUAUCCACACAUUCUUUCUACACCAGCAGCUCAAACAAUGUCGGCCUAUGCAAGCCAGACUCAGUAUUCGGGAAUGCAGCAGUCAGCCGUCUACACAGCCUACUCACAGACAGGACAACCCUACAGCCUGCCUGCUUAUGCCAUCAAGACAGAAGGUGGGCUUUCCCAAACUCAGUCUACAUUACAGAGUGGCUGCCUCAGUUACAGCCCUGGGUUUUCUACCCCACAGCCCGGCCAGACACCUUAUUCUUACCAAAUGCCAGGCUCCAGUUUUGCAUCAUCAUCUACUAUUUAUGCAAAUAAUUCCGUUACCAAUUCAACAAAUUUCAGUGGCUCACAACAGGAGUACACAUCCUACACAGCCUUUGGCCAAAACCAAUAUGCUCAGUAUUACCCAGCAUCCACCUACGGGGCAUAUAUGACAUCAAGCAACACAGUUGAUGGCACAUCAUCAUCAACCUCAACUUACCAGCUGCAGGAAUCUCUCCCAGGACUGACUAGCCAACCAGGUACAGAUCUUCACCCAGAAUUUGAUACGGUGCAGAGCCCUUCCACACCCAUCAAAGAUCUUGAUGACAGAACAUGUAGAAGUUCUGGGUCAAAAUCUCGAGGAAGAGGUCGGAAAAAUAACCCCUCCCCACCGCCGGACAGUGACCUGGAGCGUGUGUUUGUCUGGGACUUGGACGAAACCAUCAUAGUCUUCCACUCUCUCCUCACUGGAUCUUAUGCACAGAAAUAUGGCAAGGAUCCCCCAAUGGCUGUGACCCUCGGGCUCCGAAUGGAGGAAAUGAUCUUUAAUCUUGCUGAUACACAUUUGUUUUUUAAUGAUUUAGAGGAAUGUGAUCAAGUUCAUAUAGAUGAUGUUUCCUCAGAUGACAACGGUCAGGACUUAAGUACCUACAGUUUUGCAACUGAUGGCUUCCAUGCAGCUGCAAGUAGUGCGAACCUUUGUUUGCCAACAGGUGUGAGAGGAGGAGUGGACUGGAUGAGGAAGUUGGCUUUCCGUUACAGAAGAGUAAAGGAAUUAUAUAACACCUACAAGAACAAUGUCGGAGGACUCCUUGGCCCAGCCAAGAGGGAUGCGUGGCUGCAGUUAAGGGCAGAGAUUGAAGGCCUAACAGAUUCCUGGCUAACAAAUGCACUUAAGUCUUUAUCAAUUAUUAGUACUAGGAGUAACUGUGUAAAUGUCUUGGUAACGACAACGCAGCUGAUCCCUGCUCUGGCGAAGAUCCUGCUCUACAGCCUAGGAGGUGCUUUUCCCAUUGAGAACAUUUACAGUGCUACUAAAAUAGGAAAAGAAAGUUGCUUUGAACGAAUAAUGCAAAGGUUUGGCAGAAAAGUAGUGUAUGUUGUAAUUGGGGAUGGUGUAGAAGAAGAGCAGGCAGCAAAAAAGCACAACAUGCCCUUUUGGAGGAUAUCAAGCCACUCGGACCUCUUGGCUCUACAUCAAGCACUGGAAUUAGAGUAUUUGUAA